AUGUCGGACGACGAUGAAAUCGAUAUGCUGCCUGAGCUGCCGUCGGCUAAACUGCAAAUGACGACUCCCUCUCGGGUUAGAUUUAUUCCCACAGAAACACCAAUCGACCCUAACUUUUAGCCGAAUGAUCUUCUUCGUCAAGCAGUAACUCACGGACAUUUACCUCCUGCUCCCAGCUCGUAAUCAAGUCAAUCUCGCAUCUGAAAACGAUUCGUUUCCUUUCAGAGCUGCUCAGAAUUUCUCAAAGAAACGGGAUAUGUCUGAAAUUCCCUGGUCAGAUUUCUUCGAUAAAAAAGAGGAAGUGAACAUCAACGGAGACUCUUUCAAUGUGUACUUAAAGGUACCCGAAACAAGCCCUUCAAUGCUCACGAUUUCAUUUCGUUUUAGGGAGAGGAAGGUCCCAUUUUCUAUCUGCUCCACGGCGGUGGAUACUCUGGACUCACAUGGGCCUGUUUUGCUGUCAGUUUCUUCUUGUCAAGCUAAACUAUAUUGCAUCUUGUUUUGUUUUUCAGAAAGAGUUGACCACGUUCGUCACUUGUAGAGUCAUCGCUCCAGAUUUGCGUGGUCAUGGAGAGACACGGUGUGCAGACGAAAGCGAUCUCUCCAAAGAGACCCAAAUCAAGUAUGAGAGAUCUUGAAAGCGAUCAAAAACUUCGUAUUGCAGAGACAUCGCCGCUCUCUUCAAGGCUGUCUACGGAGAGACGGACAGUCCAAUGUGCAUUGUGGGACACAGUAUGGGCGGUGCUUUGGCUGUUCACACUCUCAAUGCGAAGGCGAUUGAUGCGAAUAUUUCCGCGUUGAUCGUGAUUGACGUGGUGGAAGGGUCUGCAAUGGAGGCUCUCGGAGGAAUGGUCCACUUCCUGCACUCGCGGCCGUCUUCGUUCGAUUCAGUCGAGAAGGCGAUCAAGUGGUGUCUAGGAUCGGGAACAGUCAAGAACCCGACUGCAGCCCGUGUCUCGAUGCCGUCGCAGAUCCGAAAAGUUUCAAAGGACGAAUACACGUGGCGGAUUGAUCUGACAUCAACUGAACAGUUCUGGAAGGGAUGGUUCGAGGGUCUGUCCGGAGAGUUCCUGGGAUGUCCAGUCCCCAAAUUGCUUGUGUUGGCUGGCGUAGACAGACUCGACAAAGAUUUGACGAUUGGCCAGAUGCAGGGAAAAUUCCAGACGUGUGUUCUUCCCAAAGUCGGACAUUGUGUUCAGGUAUCAAAAUAAAGUGUUAUAUUUCUGAUGGGUAAUAUUUGUUUUCCAGGAAGACAGUCCUACAAAGCUUGCUGAUGAAAUCGGACGUUUUGCGAUUCGCCAUCGUAUUGCCCAGCCGAAUCUCAAUUUCUCUCCACUGGCUUCUCCUCCGGAUUACAACCGCUAG